GAGCAAGGGAGGGCUCGGCAGCAAACAGCACAGGUGCCUGGGGUUGUCGCUUCUAAAACACAAAACAGACUAGAAGAUCAUUUCCUGGAUUAUCUAGAUUGGUAGAGAGGGAGAGAGAUAAUUCCGUUUUACAUCUGAAAUGCCAGACAGUGAGGAUCUGGGACAAGAUGAAAGCUGGAAAGUCAUUGAUUCCAGGCAAGACUCCAGACCCAGAAUAAAUCAGUGCAUUUCAGAAACACUGAUGAAUUUAUUUGUAUUUCUUCAAGAAAUGUCCCACUUCAAGGAACAAAACCCUGGCAAGUUUUGCCUACUAGUCUGCAGUGUAUGUACAUUUUUCACUGUCUUGGGGAGUUACAUUCCUGGAGUUGUCCUCUCUUAUGUCCUGUUAUUGUGUGCCUUUUUAUGUCCCUUCCUUAAGUGCAAUGAAUUUGGACAGAAAGUAUGCAACAAAAUUAAGACUUUUCUGAUAAAACUAGAUUUUGGAAUAGUGGAAUAUAUCAACCAGAAGAAAAAGGAGAGAUCUGAAACAGCAAAAACAAAACCCACAGAGGAUGACAGUGAAUUAGACAUAUCAGCCCUAUGUCCUAAGGUUAGUCCUGCAGUUGUUGCCAAAGAGCUGUCAGUGUCUGACACCGAUGUCUCGGAAGUCUCUUGGACCGAUAACGGGACCUUUAAUUUAUCCGAGGGGUAUUCUCCACAGACAGACACAUCUGAUGAUUUUGACCGACCUAGUGAUCAUGAAGAAGCUUUUGCCAGAGACCUUUCAGAAUUUCCCUCUUUAGAAAACGGCGCCGGGACAAACGAUGAUGACGACUCAAGCAUCGGCAUCCCCGUCCAGCACAAACGGAGAAAAGAACAAACUUCUUUCAAGGUGGAUCAUGCUUCCAGACAGAGUAAAGAGAGACCGUCCACUGCAGGGCUGUCCUUGCCGUUGACCAGUGACCAAACCUUUAAUUUAAUGAGUGGCAUUGCUGGGGAUGUCAUUGCUGCUGCAGUGUCUGCUGCCAUCAAAGACCAGCUGCAGGCCGCACAGCAGGCUCCCUCGCACGCCGCACCCAGUUUGAGCGAGGAGACAGACACAGAGGAAGCUGAUGAUUUUGAACUUCUUGACCAGUCUGAGCUUGAGCAGAUUGAGAAGGAAUUGGGACUUUCACAAGGCCAAGAAGCAGAAUCUCAAGAAAAGAAAAAAUCAGGCUUCCUUUCAAAUCUGCUUGGAAGUCAUUAACCUAGAAAUUGCAGCUAAUAACAUA